CCAACCUAUUCUGCAUCCGAUUUCAAAUGGAGAUGAAACGCGUCAAGGAAGGCUUCGAGUGGAUGCAGAUUCUCCUCUGGAACACGAAAUGGCAGCCGGAUCGGUUGAAAAAUAUCGCCACCCGACUCGCCUCCGAGGUCACGACGCUGCUCGACCACGGCCCCACGAUGGUCGCAGCCAUGAACGGCGAAUCCCUCUACAGCAUGAACUCCAACUUGAGGGCAAUGUCGCUCGUGAGACAGCAAGUCUUUCUCGAACGGUUGGGUGCCGAACUACCCAAAAGUUUCAAAAAAGUCGCCAAAAUGUUGGAGGCGAUUAGAAUGGUGGUUCUCCGUCCGGAAAAUACGACUGUCCACGUGGCCACGAGACUGGAAAAGAUGGAUUUUUACCUGACAGACAAACCCGAUGUUCGAGACGCUGUGUCGCAACUGCUCCGGAGGACAUUUGACUACACCGGGUGGCACUGGGGCUACCCCACAAAACGACUCGCCAACGACCCCGACACCAAAUUUAUGAAGAGUUUGGACUGCAUCCAACGCUGUCGGGCGGAGAAAAUCCUCCGAAUGCAUGCCUCCUCACAGGGCGCCUUCCUUCUCCAAGUGGCCCCCUGCCUGAGAGAACUCAACUGUCCCGAGUACCCCCUCCUUUUGACGGCAAUUCACUACUUCACACAGCAUGAGGGACCAUUUCAUAAGGGAAUACGAAACCUCGGUUAUGCUCCGUACUUCCGCCUCCACCUGAAUCCGGAAGAGGGCAUGAUAUACUUUGAACUAAACGACGCCACGGAUCUCGUCAAAGCUUAUACCGCCGCAUUCAAAAUUAUUCUCGACCAUUUGAAGUCCGAGUCGGAAACGCAAAGUGUGGUCUCGACCGUAACGAUAGCUUCAACAACAACAACGACGACGGUGGGAAAUGAGGCUGGAGUACCAAUCUGGAAACCGGAAUUGCUCACGAGUGCGAAAAGUUCGGCAAUUUUCGACCUCAUCGAGAAGGAAAAUACGCCCAGAAAUUUAGCCCUGGGCUCCCUCCUGGAUUACUAUCGCCUCGUGCCGACACAUUUUAAUCGAUUUGUGAUGCAACGAAUCUCAACGGUGACGCUGGACGAAGUACGACAAAUGACGAAAAAGUACUUUCAACCACUUUUCAUCAAGACGAGCACGUGCUCCGUCGCCGCGCCGAGUGAACAAGUCCCAUCCAUUAUACAAGGACUUAUGGAUAAUUGCGGCAAGAGGUUGUCGCUCCUCCCACCCGUGCAUCAAUCUGAGAUGGCUGUUUACACAACGUAAAAAUUGACGGAAAUGGAUAAACAGAAUUGAAAAUGUGGCGAAAAUUCAGAAAUUUUCAAUUCAUGACUUGUAUGAUUUAUGUUUUUUCUGUAAUAAAAAUAUUAUGAAAAAUUAUUUAGCAUGCGAAUAAUAUGGAUCAACAAUGCAACAAUUUUAUCUAGAUUUGCUCAUCAAAUUAAAUACACAAUUUGUCGUUCAGAAUUUAAAAAUACAUUCCCAGAGCUGAGAAAUGCUAAAAAUUUGUUGCUUUUGGCGAUAAGUAAUUGAAUCUUACGUUAAUUUAUAGUCACAUAGAACUACAUUUGUAAAGUUGUAAGCUGCGUAAAUUAAGGCGAUAUUAUAAUAAUUGAAACGAAAUAUA